UUGAGACAGCCCUGUCGGUUUAAACCGGGAGGACACCCAUACCGACUUCUCAAUGCAAAAAAUAAAAGGGUAGCUAGAAGCUGGGGCGAGGGGAACGGAGGUAAAGCGAAUGCUCUCGGUCGGUCUCUCUCUCUCUCUCUCCCUCUUCUCUCGUUUUUAUUACAUGAAUGAAUGAAUUGAGUAGUAAGGGGCACGUACAAGGAAACACGCCUCCGCCCGGACGACCAAAACGCGUUUGAUAUUUGACUUGUGUUCAAUGGUACGUGUUUGCAUCUGUACAUUUUCGGCGAAAACCAGAGUAGGACGUCUCAUCCCGUCGUUUGAAACACUUCUGAAGGUGUAGCAGCUGAAAGUCCUCGCGGUGAAUAUGGCAACUUUAACGAACGGACAGGUGGACGCCACGGUGCACGGAGGAGCGGCCAGUACGAACGGACUCAUGAACGGAAUAAGCCACACGCACAGUCCCGCGAGCUGCGCCACCAUUCCCAUGAAGGACCACGAUGCCAUCAAACUGUUCAUCGGACAGAUACCCCGCAACCUGGACGAGAAGGACCUCCGGCCGCUCUUCGAGGAAUUUGGCAAGAUCUACGAGCUCACCGUGCUGAAAGACCGCUUCACUGGCAUGCACAAAGGCUGUGCCUUCCUCACAUACUGUGCAAGAGAAUCGGCGCUAAAAGCUCAGACCGCGCUCCACGAGCAGAAGACGCUACCUGGGAUGAACAGGCCAAUCCAGGUGAAGCCAGCUGACAGUGAGAGCAGGGGAGAAGACAGAAAACUCUUCGUUGGCAUGCUGAAUAAGCAGCAAUGUGAGGACGACGUGCGGCACCUUUUUGAGUCCUUCGGGAGCAUUGAGGAGUGCACCAUCCUCAGAGGUCCUGAUGGAAACAGUAAAGUUUUGCAGGAAGUGAUGUUUAGGGAAGACUCGGAGAAGGGCGGCCUGGGCGUGGCACAGAGAAGUUGUUUUGGUGUUCAGGGAAGCUGCUUCCUGUCGUCUCUCUCAGAAGCUCAGAGUCCCACUGCAGCAGACCCCCUACAGCAGGCCUACGCUGGAGUCCAACAAUAUGCAGCAGCCUUCCCCGCUGCAUAUGGACAGAUCAGCCAGGCCUUUCCCCAGCCACCUCCCAUCAUCCCUCAGCAACAGAGAGAAGGGCCGGAGGGCUGUAACCUGUUUAUUUAUCACCUCCCUCAGGAGUUUGGGGACGGCGAGCUGAUGCAGAUGUUCCUGCCUUUCGGUAAUGUCAUCUCCUCCAAAGUGUUUGUGGAUCGGGCGACAAACCAAAGUAAAUGCUUUGGCUUUGUGAGCUUUGAUAACCCGGGCAGCGCUCAGGCUGCCAUCCAGUCCAUGAACGGCUUUCAGAUCGGCAUGAAGAGACUCAAAGUGCAGCUGAAGAGGCCAAAGGACGCCAACCGCCCAUAUUAGCCCCGUCCCUCUCCCCAGCCACCCCUGACCCUGGGGGUGAAGGCCGCCGCUGCGCACAGGGAAGAACAGGUUUUAUAGAGCUGGAACACAUGUUGAAAACAUGCCAACUGUAUUUGAAAACACAACAGAUCAAGAUCAUCGGGGCUGGGGAUACAGUACAGCUGAAGAGGGACAUGAGGAGGAUGUAGCCGCAUGAUAUACCACCACCACCACCAGGCUCAAUGGAUCUUUUUGGACUUCAGUGUUUAACUCAGGGGAGCCGCGGGGUUACUGGACCAUACCGUACUCCCUUCUUCGAACCCACGAACCCUUCUUUUGCAGGACCGCAGAAUACACUACUGAAGACCAACACAAAAAAUAUAUAUAUUUAAAAAAAGAAAAAGAAAAACAAUGUAAGUCCUCAAAAGGCUCUGAAUCUAUGAAUAAGUAGUAUGGGAAAAAAACACUUUUUACAACUAAGAUAGACUUUUAGAUGGGAAUCAUGUAAUAUUGAACACAUCUUUGGGAAAACUUUUUAAAUAACUGUUUUAGAAACCAACAAAACGGAUAAAAAAUAAAAAAUAAAAAAAAACUUGAAAGACAGAACUUUUUGGAAGGAUGUGACAAUUCAGGACAAGAACUUGCUUCGACUCGGGAUGGCCAACUUUUUUUCUUGGAGUGCCUGUCCGUUUCCAGGGGCAACGGCUGCCACAAACCGCAGCCUCCGUCCGCUGGGAGACUUACCUGUCAUUCCUUAGUUGUGUAGGGACCAAAUGACCAAACCUUUUUAUCACAAAUGAAACAGAAAAAAAAAAGAAAAAAAAAAAGUACCUGUAACAUAAUCGGACCACUGCAUCUCUUGCUGUGCCAAUUGGUUUAAGAGUUUGAAAAAAAAAAAAAAAAAAAAGAUAUAU